AGGGACAAGCACUGAUGAGUUGAGGCUGCUGUACGCAGCUGUUGCCAGGCCAUGGCUGGGAUGGCGCUCAAGAGGUUGAUAGCUGAGUACAGAUAAUUAACACUGAACCCUCCAGAAGGAAUUGUGGCAGGCCCCAUAAAUGAAGAGAAUUUUUUUGAAUGGGAGGCAUUGAUGAUGGGCCCAGAAGACACUUGUUUUGAGUUUGGUGUUUUUUCCUGCCAUUCUGAGUUUCCCACUUGAUUACGCGUUAAGUCCCCCAAAGAUGAGGUUUACCUGUGAGAUGUUUCAUCCCAACAUCUACCCCGCCGCAAGGGUGUACAUCUCUAUCCUGCACACCCCUGGUGACCAUCCCAUGGGCUACGAUGGCAGCGCAGAGCAGCAGAGCCCUGUUUAGAGCGUGGAGAAGACUCUGCUGUGUGAGCCCAACAAUGAAAGCGGAGCUAAUGUGGAUGCUCCCAAGAUGUGGCAGAACGACCGGGAGCAGUUCUACAAGAUUGCCAAGCAGAUCGUACAGAAGUCUCUGGGACUCUGAGGCCUCGCCUCACACGCGCACACCGACGUGUGCUCUUGCACAUGCGUGUGAACACACCACCCAUAAUCCCAGUGU